UUUCUGCUAAAGGCUUCCGUCUCUUUACUCCUCUAAAAGCUUUUUCACAACAUCUGGUUUCCCAAUAUAUUCCCAUUGGUUUGUUUGAAUUUCAUAUAUAUUGCGUCUUUAUAAAACAAAAUGUUUGUUUGCAUAGUAAUAGAUGUGGAAAAAGGCAAGUUGGACAUGGCUGUACUGUUCUGUCUCACUCUGUGGUCUCUCUUACACUACCAGUGUUGAUCUGUGUUCUUUUUUCUUUUAAGUGAUUAUACAUGACAAAAACUGAUAAAUCGGAAAAAUAUGACAGAGCUUAUAUUUUUGAAAAGAGAGCAGUCUUUGCCCCUGACUGUCAUCACUGUCUUUGGAAAUGGAACAUGACUAUUUCCUACCAAAACAGUAGAAUUAGUCUCUAAGCAUCUGAAGACAGCCUAUUGUAAGCUCUUGGAUCUCAGAAAGUUCCAGCUUGUAACACACAAUUGAUUGAAAAUCUGAAGAAGUUGCAUUGUUUAUUUUGAGUUGUUUGAGCAUUGUGGUUGAAGUUACAUACUUAAAUAUUGAAUUACUUUGGUUAUUUCCAGGAAUGUCUGUGACUAUUCGGGUUGCUGUCCAUGGUGCUAAGAGACAAAAGCAGUUUAAUUAGUGAUCCAGUUGAAAAACAAAACAAAAGCACAUAAUACUGUUAUUUCUGUGAUCAAAUAAUAGCUCUUUUGGGAGGUUAGAUCAACCUGGGUGCAAACAUUUUAUAAGACAAAAUUAAAGACAAUAUGUACAACAAUAUUCAAAAGUUCAAACUACUGUGCUUCAAAAUCCGUUUCACGUUAUGCCUCUGCCACACCGAAAGAAAAUUCCCGAAAACCUAAUGAUAAGAAAAGAAAGAGAAAAAAAAUAAAGGGGUUUAUUCUCAGGAUUAACCUCAGGGUGUCACUAUUAAAUCAGAAAACCUUCAACAAUUUUGUCCCUCCCCUCACGAACCCAUUGUCUGUCAUCUCAGCAGUGCAAAGCAUUGAACCAAAUACACCAGCUGACAAAAUCACCUCGAUCGCUCUGGAAAUACGCGACGCUCAGUGGAUUGAAUUAAUAUAAAGAGGCUUCUGUGAGUCUAUGUGCUUUUGAAUAACGAUGGGGACACACAUUACACCUCGGAAAAUGGACUGCUCGUGGUUUGCUGUGACUCUGCUGUUUUUUAUUGGAAGAGAGGCUCUGGCUCAGAUACGGUACUCUGUUCCAGAGGAGGUACAAGAAGGAACUGUGGUUGGAAAUGUUGCCAAGGAUCUUGGCCUUGACGUCGCUUCUUUGACGGAUCGACGUUUCCGUGUUGUGACUGAAAGUAAGAACGCAAUUUUUGAGGUAAAUCAGAAUAAUGGGGCAUUGUACGUCAGCAGUCAUAUUGACAGAGAGGAGCUCUGUGAGGGCAGCGGUGCUUGUCUGGUGGAGCUAAAGAUCCUUGUGGAAAAUCCGUUGGAAAUACAUUAUGUGGUGGUAGAAAUUACUGAUGUCAAUGACCACUCUCCUAGUUUUCCUGAAAACGAACAGAGAUUUGAAAUCGGGGAACAAACACUACCAGGAAGGCGAUUCCAGUUGCACACUGCUCACGAUCCCGAUGCAGGAAUUAAUUCUAUUCGUACAUACACGUUAACGUCAAAUGAACACUUUGAAAUAAAUCUCCGUCAAAGUGACGCGGGAAAGAUACCAUUUUUAGUGCUGAAGAAACCGUUAGAUAGAGAACAAAAGAACAAACACACGCUGCUGGUUACAGCAGUCGAUGGAGGUAAACCUCCCAGAUCAGGAACACUGAAUGUGUCUAUUAUUGUUCUUGAUACUAAUGAUAAUCGCCCAAUAUUUAGUCAGGAGAUUUAUCAAAUCUCAAUAAAAGAAAACAUUCCUGUUGGCACUUCAGUGUUUAAAAUGAAUGCGACUGAUCGAGAUGAGGAAACUAAUGGAGAAGUAGAAUACAGCUUUGGAAAAACUCUGAGGCGAAAAGUAUAUGAUAUUUUUGAACUGGACAAAUUAACAGGAGAAAUUAUAGUAAAGGGAAUGGUGGACUUUGAGGAAAACGACUUAUAUGAACUGGACGUUGAGGCAUCAGAUAAAGGAACACCUCCAUUAACGGGUGAAUGUAGAGUAAUUAUAAAAAUUAUAGAUGUUAACGAUAAUCCACCAGAAAUACAAGUGACAUCACUGUCAAAUACAGUGUCUGAAGACUCUAAGCCUGGAACAGUUAUUUCAUUACUUAGUGUGAAAGACAAAGAUUCUGGAGUCAAUGGAAAAAUAAUCUCAAUCAUAAUCAAUGAAGUGCCUUUUGAGUUGAAGUCAUCAUAUAAAGAAAACACAUAUUCAAUUGUCACUAAAGGAUUUUUGGAUCGAGAGCAGGUGUCUCAUUAUGAAAUAACAAUUAAAGCCACAGACUGCGAUUCUGGAGAUCCGUCUCUCAGCACCAACGUCACAGUCAACGUGUUCAUUCUGGAUCAGAACGACAACGCUCCAGUCAUCCUGUAUCCACUCAGCUCCAACGGAUCUUCUGAAGGAACUCACUGA